UGAAAACAAAAAUUGAAACUUAUAUUACGAAAAUGGCAGAACAUCUGCUACAAAAGUUAGCUUGAUUCACACACACAGUAGAGUAUUGAUUGUAUAAUUAACAGCGAAUAAAUUAAAGGUGGAAGAAGAAGCUAAGAAUAAUCAUUCUUCAUUGCUUUAAUCAUCCAAAGCCAGCUAGCUUAGCUUCCUGCUGUCUUACUGAGCUGCUUUAUAUAGAUAGUAAUUAAUUUGCUUCUGUACGUCUUGGCUAUAUAUAAAAUAUGGAGACAGCGGCUGAACCAGCAGUAGUGGUAGAGAAACCGGCGGUUCCUCCUCCUCCAGCCGCCGCUCUGAAGCCAGAAGAACCACCUCUUGCUUCCGCCGCCACUCAUAAGAUGGGGCCAGCCACAGAGGUUGUCCCGCCGGUCCUCCCGGAAAAACCCGUUGCCGUCGCUCACAAGAAUCUUGAUCAUCCUCCGUUGAGUACAGGCCCGAAGCCAUCCCUGGACAGAGAUAUUGCUCUUGCAAAGAUCGAGAAUGAGAAGAGAGAUUCCUUUAUUAAGGCAUGGGAAGAGAGUGAAAAGAGCAAAGUAGAGAACAAGGCCCAAAAGCAGCUUGCUGAAGUGCUGUCCUGGGAAAACACCAAAAAAGCAAGUUAUGAAGCAAAAUUGAAAAAGAUCGAGGAAGAGCUGGAGAAGAAGAAAGCAGAAUACGCGGAGAAGAUGAAGAACAAAGCAGCUUUGGUUCAUAAGGAAGCAGAAGAGAAGAGAAGUGUGGCCGUUUCCAAACGGAACCAAGAGAUCUUAAAAAUUGAAGAGGCGGCUGCAAAGCUCCGGGCAAGCGGGCAGGUCCCUAAGAAGGCCUUGCUUGGCUGCCUAGGCUGACCCGAAUCGGCUGCUGCUUCAAAUUUAUUUUAAAUAUUAGUUUAUUUGCUGUGAAUUUGCAUGUUUCUUGUUUGUAUGUAUGUAUGUUGAUGCAUGUGUGUUUUAGUGUCGUGUUUUAUUCUACAUGUGAUGUGUAUUUCCCGGUUUCGUUCUUUGUAUACACAAAUGCUUUUGCCUUGAUUAUUUGAUAUAAAAGAUUUACCAAAUAUUACAAACUUUAGAGAUGUGUAUAUAUGUUGAAUGUCUCGAACCAUUCGGGGUAUGAGAUUAAGCUUAUGUAAACGGUUAUAGAGUACUCGAUUUAUAGGUUCAUCUGAAGUAUUCAAAAUUUAGAUUAUUUAAAAUUAAAAUUUAGAGUCGAUGUGUGAAUUAAAAUUUAGAAUUAGUAGCAAAUCGCUCGGUACCCAGAAUCUGCCUAGACCAGGAUAUAACCGUGCCGGGCCUGAGCUUCUCUAAACAAUGACGGGGAUCGCAAAUGAGCAGUAAAAGUUACCAUUUUCGUCUUUACCUACAGGUGUCAGUAAUGUGGGUAAAAUAUACCGUACACCCGGUUGUAGGACCGUACAGCCGGGUAUUUUUGAAAUUAAACUGAAUUUCAAGUGAGAUUAUCGUCCAUUGAAGGAUGAGAAAGCAGGAGACGGAAGCGGCUGGUGUAGCUUGAGCCUAUCGUAGUAACUGCUGAUAUGAUUGUUUGGGGGUGGAGAGGUUUCUUUCCAGGCGGGCCGGUAGCCAUGGGCUUGGACGAUUCCCUAUGAACUUGAAUAGAAGAAGUACGAGAACCAAUUAAUUUAUGUAGCUAGUAUUUAUUGAAUCGGAAUUAAGAUUUAAGAAAUUAUUAUUCCUGAUCUUCCUCCUUUUCAUUUUAAGAAGAAAUGAGCAUAUAGAGAUGAAUGUGUGAGUACAUUAAAAUUUUCAAAUAAGUUUUGUAAGUUAUGUAUGUUCAUUUUGUACUCAUUUUGUAAGUUAUGUAUACUCAUUUUGUAACGAUUUUGUGUUCAUUUUGCAUGUUUCUAUUACUCAAUAUAGAAAGUUUGAUGCUCAACAAAAUUGUUGAGAUGCUCA